AUGACAAAGUCUAACGAAAACCUUUUUCCUAAUCCUCCUAACCCAAAAACAUUUUAUAAACCAGAAAGUCUACCAGAAAUAAAUCAAUGUAGGCAAGAAAACGGCUUACCAAGUUUAUCCGAAGGCGGUCAAAGUGUUUGUUAUUUAGUUCCCAAGGGAAUAGCCGAAAAAGAAAUUAAGAAACUUUAUGCUCCUGAGUGCGAAGAAAUACUAUUAAAAGUGAAAGAUAAGAAUCGAAGAGAAGGCAGAAAUAAUAGUCAGCAGCAGUUCUCACCAAGUAAUUCCGUUUUUUUUCUUGUGUUUAACGAUACAAAAGAUUUUGGAAACAAAGAGAGCCAGAAAGUUGAGAAAAAGGGUGGGGGUUCGGCGGCUACUAAUCGCAGUCAUAAGUCCUAUAAUCCCAAAAAUUUAGGAGUAAAGAAGUUUGGGGGGGAAUAUGUUAAAAACGGCAAUAUCAUUUUGCGUCAGCGAGGAAGUAAAUACCAAUUAGGCAAAGGCGUUUAUUUUGGUAAGGAUUAUACUAUUCAUGCUGGACUUGAUGGUCAAGUUAAGUAUUUUCAGGGGAGAAGAGGAAAGACUUUUGUUGAAGUUGCUCAUCAAAGACCAAGAGCGGUCUGCUUGAUUAAGCAAUUGUUUGGAAAUGGAAAGUCAUUUACAAGGAAAAAUUGCCCAGAAUUUGAAAGAAGGCUGAGAUUUUCUUCACUUGCCCCCCCUCGAAAAAGCUAUGUUAGUUUUUGCGGCCUGCGAAUUAGUGCGGACUCAAAAUUCUAG